AUAUCCUUCAAGGUAUACAUGAUUGGUGGAAAAUGUUGUCAUCCUCAAAAUUCUAUUUUUAGUACAUAGCGCAAGCGUAACGACAGUAACGACAUUUAAAAUCGCCAUAUUUUUAAUUUAAUGUUGUGAUCUGAAAAAAAUCAUUGAGACUGUGCAGAUUAAUAUGUUUUGUAAAAUUGCUAGUAAUUAAAUAUUUUUAUUUUACUGGAAUAUAGAUAAAAUGAAGUUUCGUUAGUAUUUUGAAGCUCAAUAUAUAUAAAAAGCAAAAUGGGAGCUUUUCUUGACAAACCAAAGACAGAUAAGUAUCAAGAAGAUGGGGUGGGCAACGGAAUUCGUUACGGGGUUGCUAGUAUGCAAGGAUGGCGUGUUGAAAUGGAAGAUGCUCACAUGGCCAAAAUGAACCUUGGCGAAGCGCUAAAGGACUGGUCUUAUUUCGCGGUAUUUGAUGGUCACGCCGGGGCAAAUGUCUCUGCCCAUUGUGCAGAACAUUUAUUGGAGACCAUCAUGGCCACAGAGGAAUUCCAAGAUGAUGUUAAAAAGGCAAUUCAUAAAGGAUUUUUAGAAUUGGACAAUAAAAUGCGCAGUCUACCUGAAAUGACUUCUGGUGAAGAUAAGAGUGGUACAACAGCGGUUUGUGCAUUUGUUUCACCAAGGUCGAUUUAUGUAGCCAAUUGUGGUGAUUCACGUGCGGUAUUGUGUCGUGAUAAAACACCGGUCUUCACUACACAAGAUCACAAACCUGGUUUACCUACAGAGAGAGACCGUAUCGUGAAGGCGGGUGGCUCUGUAAUGAUACAAAGGGUUAAUGGUAGCCUAGCAGUCAGUCGAGCGCUUGGUGACUUUGAGUACAAAAAUGUACAAGGAAUGGGUCCUUGUGAGCAACUUGUUUCGCCCGAACCGGAAAUAUUUGUUAGAGAAAGGGAUGAUAUGGCUGAUGAAUUCCUCGUGUUGGCUUGUGAUGGAAUUUGGGAUGUCAUGACUAACGAGGAGUUGUGUGCUUAUAUACACCAUCAAUUAUGUCUUACUGAUAAUCUUAAAGAAGUUACCAGUCAAGUUAUUGACACCUGUUUGUACAAGGGGAGUCGCGAUAAUAUGAGUAUUGUGUUAAUAGUGUUUCCUGGUGCCCCCAAACCGACUCCGGAAGCUGUGAUGGCUGAAAAAGAACUAGAUGCCACUAUUGAGAGGCACAUUAAAGAUGUCAUAGAACAAGGUGAUAAACAAUUUCAACAAAUUCUCCAUAGUCUUAUGUCCAUUCAUAUUGAAGGAUUGCCACCUGGAGGAGGCUGGGCCUCAAAACGUACAUUAAUCGAGCGGGUAUUCCAGGAAUUAUGUCCGGAACAAGCGGAAACUAUAAGUCAAAGUUGUGAUUUUCCUUUUAAUUUUUAACAUAUUUUUUUUGUGAACUGAUUUUUUCUUAUCGUCAAAAUUUGUUACUGUAAGUUGAAUUGUCAUUUUCAUUGUUGAAAUAGAAAUUUAAACAAAAAAACUAAUAGGAAGAUGGAGCAGAAGAGUUACUUAUCAGUUAUACAGGGUAUGUGUUGAAAAGGAGAAAAAUAUAUCUAAGAUCAGCCCAAAAUAAUGUACAACUCUAGUGUAGGAUAUUUUUUUUAAUAUUCAUCCCACUGCCUUCAAGUUGAUGCUAGUUUAGUUUUCACUUUAAUCGCUAAAACUGUUGUUACACAACGUUCUGAUGAAUGAUCCAAUUUCGAAAAAUGAUUAUUUAGUUCAAGUAAAGAACUACAUUUUAUACAAAAUUUUCAUUCGGUGAGUUUUAGUUGACGAGAAGUGUUCAGGAAGUAUCUAGUCAUUAUAUUACGGAGUUACAGCUAGAAGUGUUUCGACGAUACAGAGCAAUUAUGGUUUGAUCCUGUUUUGUCGCGCACGGGCGGAAAGGUAUUGUCUCGGUUGUGAAAACUGCUAUAAAAUCAUUUUAUCAGAACUGAUAACAAUCACAUCAGAUACAUUUGGUAUUACUAAUGAUAACUUUGUCUAAUGACCCAAAAUUUGAUUUAUUGUACAAAUAGCUUUUAACUACGGUUCCUAUGUUUUCUUUAGGCUCUUUCAGGUUUUAGGUUGGACUUAUUUCUGUUUAUGGAAACUGUUUUUCAUUUCAUCUACAUUUUUUCCUUUAUUCUCCCUAUUUGGUCAAAUUAUAAUCUUACUCUCCGGUUUUGAUUUUUUUUCCUUGGUUUAUCUACCUCACUACAGUUCUGUAUAUCCUUUGUGAGCCGAAAUACUAGACUAGAUUAAACUUUUUUUGCUCAAUGGAUGGAUAAAAUUACUAGGUGAGUCUAAUCUAAUAUCCGAGCUGCACAUGGGUACUAGGUACUAAUUUUUAAUGUUCCUUGUAGUUAUUUGAUGCUACCGCGCUAUAAUUCUUCAUUAAUUUUAUAUUAUAUUGAACAAAAAAGUUUGAAUCACAAAAAUAUUUGAUAUAAAAUCCUUUUCUCUCCUUUGUAAUGAAAAUAUUUCAAAAUCUAAUUUAUUUGUAACAUCUCCUGUAGUUAUCUAAUAUUUGCGCGUCUUGAAGUCUCAAUUGCCCUUUAACUUUGUAUUCCAUCAUGCAAAAAAGUUUGUUUCAUAUAAAAAUUUGGUAUAAAAUCAUUUUCAACCCUUUUCUUCUCUUUAUAAUGAAAAUAUUUCAGAAUCCAGUUUAUUCUCUCAUAAUUAUAAUUUUCUAAUAUGAAUAAAUUGGAUUUGUUGGUACAUACUGUACAGAAUGUUCAAUAAAACUACAUCAAUACUAACAAUUAUAUUAUAUAUAUAUAUAUUGUCCUUCGAGCCGGAUAAGUACCAGCUUGAAGAUGUAAUGGUAGUGAACAGCUUGUUUUAAGUCUAUCAAAGAGAAUAACUAAUUAAAAACCAACACUAACAAUUACAUUAUUUGGUCCUUCGAGCCGGAUAAGAACCAGCGAAGCGAUCUAUGGGAAGCUCGAAGAACUAAACGGUGUAAUUUGUAGUUUAGAUGUAAUAGUAGUGAAUAGCUCCUUUAAUGUCUGCUAUUAAAGAUAAAUUGCAGUAAAAACGUUAAAUGUCAAUAAAACGGAUUAAUAACCAUAGACGUUUAUGGAAAUUAUGGAAAAAAACGAUGGAAUCUGAUGUGAUUACAAAUAUCAGAACGAGUGUGAGAACUUGACUAACGACAUCACUUUUUUAUAAUACGACUUUGUCAGGCUUGGAGGCGAUCCGUUUUUUUUCUUUUUUGAUAUGAAUUUUACAAAUAUGCACAAAAAACGCCAGUCAACAUCUUGGCAAAACUUAAUUUUCAAACUUUAUAUCUUUGUAUUCAGGUAUUUUUUCAGAUAUUUUGAUUGACCUUGAUUUUUUUAGAUAUGUGUACAGUAGUAAAUUAUAUUUUUAAAUAAAAAUUGAUUCCAUUAAA